AUGGGGGUAGUUGUUGGGGGCUACUGGCUCAAUACCGCCAUAUCCAAAUUUUACCAGGGAAUGCUGAAUAUUAAUUCUGGUUCCCUAGAUACUCUGUGGUGCAAUGGGCAGUGUCUUCAUUGGGUGAAUCCUCCUCUAUUUUUUCAGCUAAUCUUGGACUUGCAACCAAAAGUGCUCUACCCUGGACAUGGGCCAUUGAUAGAUGAUCCUGUGCCCAGAAUUCAGCAUUAUAUUGACCACCGUAAUGAAAGAGAGCGCCAGAUCCUUAAGGUUCUUAGUGACAAUCCCAAGAAAAAUAUGACGUCCAUGGAAUUAGUCAAGAUAAUAUACAAGGAUGUUCCUGGGCAUCUACACCUUGCAGCUGAGGGUAAUGUGAACCACCAUCUUCAGAAACUUUUCAAAGACCAUUUAGUUCAUAGGCAAGAAGGCAGUUGGUGUUUGAACAAUAUGAAGAAUCGGUUGUAAUGCUAAUGGGACUUUAAAACUUGGAUUAUCCAGUAGCACUAUGCAGUACUAACACUUUUGGAUAUUAUUUUCAUCAGCUGCCUGGCUUUAUGAUGUGUUAGAAAAGGGGAUUUCUGGAUCAAUGUUCCACUUGUGUAUUCACUAUGUAUUUAUAGAUAUUAUUUAAAUUAUCAAGGUAACUAUUUUUAUAAUUCAGAUACCUUAGAUAUACUUAUGAAGAGGAAGAUUUGACUAAAUAAUAAUAUUGGAUUGAAUCGAAUAAUAAUAAUUAAUAAUUGAUAUUCAGUCAAUUUGACUAAGCACAGCUGACAAAGCAGCAUUCUGUAUUUGUAGGGCAAGUACUCGCCAGACCCAACGAUGCUUAACUUCAUGAUAGUACAGCAUAUGAAUUAUUGUAAAAGAUAAAAUAUAAUUACUUUCAGAUGUUUAAGUAACUCCUUUAUCUAUUUACAAUACUGUAGUAUAUGAAAUAUUGUAAAAGGCGAAAUAUAAUUAUUUUCAGAUGAAUGACA